GAAAUGGACACUGCUACAUUGGAUAGGCCUUCGAUCUUCGUGCAGCGCUAUGCCAGUGCCGUGAUGAAAACCUCCGCUGGCGCCAAGAACCAAGACCAGACGACCUCAAGACGACCCCAGUCGGACGGUGCUGCACCUAUUUCACCCCGCAUAUUCAACGUAGAACUGGACGAGUGCCGUUAUGAUACUUCCGCUACUAUGCAUAGUGCUAUUUGUUAUCUCAGCAUGGUCGCUGUCCGUCAGGGCGUAUCGUGCUCGUCCACCCCGCUUCCCUGGACCAAAGGGCCUGCCUCUCAUCGGGAAUAUCCUGCCAUCCAGGCGAAGGUGGCUCACGCUCGCAGCCUACAGUGAGAAGUAUGGUCCCAUGUACUCGCUGCGUGUCCUCCGAAAGCACAUGCUUGUACUAAACUCUGCUGCUGAAGCUCGGGAACUCCUAGAAGGCAAAUCGAAUCUGUACAUUAUCCGUCCGAUCCCUCAGAUGGUUCUGCUUGCCGGUAUGGACCGCGGAGUCCUUUUCGAAGGCGACCCUCUUCGCCUCCGCAAAUCCAGGAAGCUCCUCCAUCUAGUCCUCCAGCCACGGGAGCUUAGACGUUUCAACCCAAUCCUGGUGGAGAGAAACAAUGUCUUCUUGAACGACCUUCUGCGCACUCCGGAUAAGCUAGUAGCGCACAUCAGAAAGCUCUCAGCUGGGAUCACUCUGUCCAUGUCGCAUGGCUAUGAAGUCAAGGGAGAUCACGAUCCAUAUGUAGAGAUGGCAGACAUCACCGUGCAGAAUUUCGCCCAGGCUAACUCAUCGGGUCGGUUUCUGGUUGACUGGAUCCCCUUUCUGGCCAAGCUGCCUGCAUUCUUGCCUGGCAUGGGCUUCAAGAGGCUUGGGCUAAGCUGGAGGCAACAAUAUACGGAUCUGGCGGAGAAAGGACAAGAGUACGCAGAAUCAAACUUUGCUAUGGGAACGGCUAAGCCGUCUUUGACCUCUGCGGCCCUAGAUUCUGACUUGAAAGACGAACGCGAUAUCAUCAUGUUCACGGCCACGCAGGUGUAUACGGGAGGAGCAGACACCAGCACUUCGACGCUUUCGUCUUUCUUCCUCAUGAUGAUGAUGCAUCCUGACGUCCAACGCCGAGCUCAACAAGAGAUCGAUGAGGUCAUUGGCAAUGAACGCCUACCAGAGUAUGCCGAUCGACCGCGGCUACCCUAUGUCGAGGCCCUUCUCAAAGAGCUCUUACGUUGCUGUCCGCCCAUACCUGCCGUUGCCAGGACUCCGGGAGAAGACGACGUCCACCGAGGAUAUCUCGUUUCGAAAGGAACUAUCGUCAUUGUGAACUUCUGGGCCAUGCUUCACGACAAAAGCCGGUACGACGAGCCUGACGAGUUCAGGCCAGAACGCUGGCUCUCACGGGAUGCGGACGACAACACGGACCCGUUGGAAGUUACAUUCGGGUUCGGUCGGCGCGUGUGUCCUGGGCGCCACCUCGCCGAGUCGUUGUUGUUCACCGCCAUCGUGACCACGUUGGCGGCCUUUAAUAUCGCCAUACCAAGGGAUGAACAGGGCGAACUCGUGAAUGCGACCGGCGAAUACAGCGAUGGAGGAAUGAUAUUCCCACUUCCCUUCAAGUGCGACAUUCGGGUGCGGUCCGAGCGAGCGAAAGAGCUGGUAACGAGCAGUGUCGCUUAGUCAGACCGACGAUUGCAUUGAGAAUUUGAAGCGAAUCAUGAUAUUUGAUGCAGAUUGAAUACAGACAAUGGAUGGUAGCAAUCUGCGGUGAAUCGUCCUGUGGAGUCCCUCGUGCCACCGUGUACUGCACGCUAGUGUUCAGUGGAGGUACUUAUGAUUAAAGUUAGCGCUGGCCAGUGAGUUGGCGUCGAUGUCCUCCACCAUACUACUGGCUGAAUAUGUUUGUAGCUAGCCCACUGUGCUGGGCAGUUCGGGGCAGUUCGGGGCCCGAGCCAUCACUCGAAUAGCACACGCCACAGCGCCAGCCCUUGUCGUC